UUCUGUAGUGAACUUACAGAAUCGCACUGCGCAUGGCACCACAUAAGCGAGGUUGGGUCUCGAGACUCAGACCUGCCCUCAGCUCCGAAUUUUUAGGACUGUCCCUCGUCCGCACCAUGCAGUCUCUGUCGCACCAUGACCACAGCCAGGGCUCACUGGCCAACUCUGGCCCUCGUUGGGGUGGCGAUGUUUGUGCACUUCCUUUAUUCAAAAAGCACUGAUGCAUCUAUGUCACAUGCCCAUCCUCACCAACAUCAGUUUCCGUUGCCAAGACGGUUCCAGUAUUUGAAUGACCCGGAACUUGAAUUAGAGGAAAUUGAUCUUCCACAGAAACGUAUCGAAAAUUCUCCCUUACAGAGAAUCAAUGAUGCAAUUCUUGAUGGUGAAGUGGAUGCACGAGACAAAAGGAAUGAAGAUGAAGAUAAUCCUCAUCUCGAACUAGGCCCUGACGCGGAACUGGGGGAGAAUUUAGCUUUGAGUUACCUGAGACCUUUUCUCAGCCUAUAUUCGUCGAUAACGUCAGGAGGUUUCUUCAAGAAGCAGAACAGUGACAUCGUAAACAAUACAAGCACACCCAGAAAGAAGCUCCCACUCAGAAAAUAUGAAAGAAAUCCCGUCCCAUUUGGCCCAAUCUACGACAUCAACCUGGACCAAAACGACACCCAUCAUUUUUUCUGGCGUCUGUAUGCGUCAAAAAGUAAAUCUUCUGAUGCUCAACAAGAAUCCGACUCUCAAGAAAUCCUGGGUGGUAACAGGAAAAGUUUAUGGGACGCCAGUGUGUCUGGAAAAACAACUUUUGGGAAUCUUAACAGGCGCCAAAACUUUCAGUCGGCAAAACUCUUGCCUGAUCUUGGCGAAAACCCCCAAGAUGAGCCAACAGUAGUUGGGGUUCGAUGCGAGGUGCACAGCAGGGGUACGGCGACUAAGCCCUGGCUAGCGAUUGGGUUCUCUGACAGAGGACAGAUGACGGGAGCAGAUCUCUGUGUUUUUUGGACUGACUGGCGGGACCAGGUGCAGUUCCAGAAUGCAUUUGUUGACGAGCACGGCAGGAUGGUGAUAAGCGGAGACAACAUUUGCCGAAAUUUCCGUUUUGGCCGCCAACGCGAACUCAUAAAAUUUACUUUCUAUCGUGAACUGGACACCUGCUCGCCCGGUCACUACGUCAUUGAACGUGGAACAACUCACCUAGUGUGGUCGUACGGAGCUGGUCCCCUGUACCAGCUGUCCGGGGUACUCGCAGCUGGUGACGAGACGGGACACGUUAUGGUUGAGUUAUUGAAGCCACCUGUCGGGCCUCCGUCUAAUGUCAAGUCGUACAAGGAAAUAAAAAUUGCAGCGAAAUCAGUGUCGGUGCCAGCUGAAGAAACUACUUACUGGUGCUCCGUGCAGAAGCUUCCACCGUAUUUUGCAGACAAGCACCACAUUCUUCACUACCAACCUGGCAUCCAGUCUGGCAACGAAGACAUCGUCCAUCACAUGGAAGUCUUCCACUGCGAGUUUACCCCCGACAAAGAAGUUCCUCUCUAUCAGGGCCUUUGCCAUGACUCCAAGCGGCCUCCAGAAAUCGACGUUUGUAAACGGGUUCUUGCAGCUUGGGCUAUGGGCGCUAAUUCUUUUACGUACCCGGCAGAAGCGGGUUUACCGCUGGGCGGUCCAGAUUUCAAUCCCUUCGUGAUGCUGGAAGUUCAUUAUAACAACCCUGGAAAAAUGGAAGGUCGCGUCGACAGUUCUGGCAUGGUGUUGACUUAUACUCAGGACCUUCGACCACACGACGCCUCCAUCAUGGAACUGGGUUUAGAGUACACGGAAAAAAUGGCCAUACCGCCUCAUGUGGUCUCCUUCAACCUGUCAGGAUACUGCAUCCCGGAGUGUACUGCCCUCAGCAUACCACCUGAGGGGAUUUACAUAUUUGGGUCUCAAUUGCACACCCACCUUACGGGUGUUCGUGUUUGGGUGAAGCACUACAGAGAGGGCAGAGAACUCCCAGAAAUGAACAGAGACAACCACUUCUCCACACACUUCCAAGAGAUACGUCGGCUUCCGAGACUCGUGCAAAUCAAACCGGGUGACAGUUUGGUGACAACGUGCGAGUACUCAACCCUGGACCGCGACAAUGCAACCACUGGUGGAUUUGCAAUUAGUGACGAGAUGUGCGUCACUUACGUCCACUACUUCCCUAAAAUUGAUCUUGAAGUGUGCAAGUCUUCUGUUGACACGAAGGCUCUACAUCAAUACUUUCAAUUCUUGAAUAAGUACGAGUUACAGAAAACGUCUCCGACGCGAGACUGGAGGGGAAACUACAAUUCGAUCGACUGGACGCCGCUACGAGCCAAAUUUCUGGGAGAUUUUUACGACACUGCCCCAAUAUCCAUGCAGUGCAACAAAUCCACCGGAAGUCGUUUCCCCGGCUACUGGGACCAAAUCCCCAUCCCCAUGAUUGUCGAAGAAUUGCCACCGCCGCCGAACAACUGUGGAAAUUUCGUCCUUAGUGGAGCUCACUAAGAUUUGAAGAGACGCGAGUAGAUGGGAUUAACCGAUACAAUUCCAUUCAACGUUAAGAUAUUUCGCGCUAUUUCCUUAACAAAAAUAGAAGUUAUGGAAGUCGAUUGCGCAUGUAAUGAUCUGAUAUACGACAAUUUAGAUUAAUUCAAACAGUUUGAAGGCCGAUACACAUUAAUCGUCUAAACUGGUUAUCUAGUAACUUUCUUAUGAAACUUAAUAAUGAAAAUUCAAGUAAUCCCACGAUUAUACAAUAAGUUUGAAGGCAUGAAUAAUAAAUGGAUAUUGUCAAUAAUAUUAUUUAUUUAUUAUAAAUGUACACGAAAGUAGAAAAGUGUAUUCACACGUACACAACAGUAAUACAUAACAAAACUGUACAACACAUAGAAUUGGAACAGAGACCAUGCAAAAUUUGUGACGGGAUUUCAUUAAUAGACCCAAUAUGAACGACUUACUUGAAUUAUAAAUUCAAAUAACAUUUUGAUAUUAAAUAUCGUUUGAAAGAGUUCUUGUGAGAGCACACGCAUGAAAUGUACUAAUUACAUCGUUUAAUAAACUGUGCAUGAAUAUUUACCAUCAUCCAAUGCAAACAA